UCGCUCUGCUCCCCUUUCUCUCGGCGGUGGGUCGGAGCCGCUGUCCCUCGGCCUCGCAUGUUCCCCUCUAAAUUCCUGUUUUCAAUUCGAUGUCCCUCUUUGUAGAAUUGGUAUAUUUCUCACGCCGCUGUUAGGCCACAGCCCGGCGUCCACACAAACCGGUGUUUUAUUUGUCCAAAAUAAUUUAUAUUUCGCGUUUUGAGACCUCCCCCCCCCCACACCCCCUCUGACACACACACAUACACACACACACACCUUCCACCACCCUCCAGAACAUGGCCGUGGUGAGCGGAUCGUCUGGGCCGGUCGCCCGGCUCGAGGGCCGUGAGUUCGAGUACAUGAUGAAGAAGCGCUCGGUGACCAUCGGGCGGAACUCAUCCCAGGGCUCCGUGGACGUCAGCAUGGGCCACUCCAGCUUCAUCUCGCGGCGGCACCUGGAGAUAUUCACCGCCAGCGACGACGGCACCGGCAGCGGGGAUUUCUACCUGAGGUGCCUCGGUAAAAACGGGGUUUUCGUAGACGGAGUGUUCCUCAGGCGGGGAGCCCCUCCUCUGCAGCUACCACGAAUGUGCACGUUCCGGUUCCCCAGCACCAACAUCAAGAUCACCUUCACCGCCCUCUCCAGCGGGAAGAAGGUGAAGCGUGAGGCGCCCGAGUCGCCAGUGAAACCAGUGCAGCCGCAGAUCUCCCCGCUGACCAUCAGCAUCCCGGACAACAUCGCCCACCUCAUGAGCCCGCUGCCCUCGCCCACCGGCACCAUCAGUGCUGCCAACUCGUGCCCCUCCAGCCCGCGGGGGGGCGGUUCGUCGGGCUACCGGAUGGGCGGGCGCAUGGUCAGCUCCGCAGAGCUGCAGCUCAUGAACGACAACUCGCAGCCCGAGAACGACAAAGACGCCUCCGGGGGGGACAGUCCCAAGGACGACUCCAAACCCCCGUACUCCUAUGCACAGCUGAUCGUCCAGGCCAUCACGCUGGCUCAGGACAAGCAGCUCUCACUGAACGAAAUCUACAACCACAUCACAAAGAACUACCCGUACUACAGGACGGCGGACAAGGGCUGGCAGAACUCGAUCCGUCACAACCUGUCGCUGAACCGCUACUUCAUCAAGGUGGCGCGGUCGCAGGAGGAGCCGGGCAAGGGCUCCUUCUGGAGGAUAGACCCGUCCUCGGAGGGCAAGCUCAUCGAGCAGGCCUUCAGGAAACGAAGGCCGCGGGGCGUCCCGUGCUUCAGGACCCCACACGGGCCCCUCUCUUCCAGGAGCGCCCCGGUCUCCCCCAAUCACUCCGGGGUUCUCUCCGCUCACUCCAGCGGCGUCCAGACCCCCGACAGCCUCUCACGAGAGGGCUCCCCGGUCCCCCUGGAGCUGGAGACCUCCUCGGCUCCGCCCCCCCCCGCCGCCGCGGUGGUCCAGCCCAAACUGGCCGUCAUCCAGGAAGCACGCUUUGCACAAAACACAUCAGGCUCGCCUGUCAACAACCAGCCGGUACUCAUAGCAGUCCAGCGUCAGUUACCUCAGACCAUUAAGCCAGUGACCUACACCAUGGCCUCCCCAGUGAGCACCAGCACCUCCCAGCCGGCCAUCCAGACGGUCCACGUCCUGCAGCAGAUCCCCGCCGGGCCCCUCGGCCCCGUCAUCGCCCAGCCGGCCGCCAUCAUCAAGGGCGUGCCGCAGGAGAACGGGGAGCACACGGGGCUCAAAGUCAAAGUGGAGGCGGUUCCCAACAUCGGCUCCAUAGGCGGAUCAAGUCGCAUCAUCCAGACCUCCCAGGCCGGCGGCCCCCUGCAGACCGUCACCAUCGUGCAGCAGCACCCCCCCAUCGGCCAGCACCAGCUGCCCAUCAAGGCCAUCACACAGAACGGCACCCACAGCAUCACCACUGCCAUCCACGGACCUGCCAGCUCAGCUGUGGCGAGCCCCCUCCACCUGCUGGCGGCGCACGCCUCCGCCUCCGCCUCCCUCCCCACCAAGCGACAGAACGGGGAGCAGCAGCCGGCCGCCGGGGCGCCGGACGCCAAGCGGGCGAAGUUGGAGGACGAGGCGCCGGACUCGGGCUCGGCGGCAGCCAACGAGCCGGGCCUCAACUAGCCUGUAGCGCUAACACCCCCCCUUCUCCACCCACCACCACCACCACCUUCUCUCUCUGUCGUUCCGUUUCUUCCUCCCGAGGUGCCAAACAGAAGAUUCCCCCAUUGUUUGUUUUUCCUCCAGAGCGUCACCAGAAAAUUAAUCGAAUAACAACCGAUCCUCUUUUGAAAAGACUGUAAUGUGGGUCGAGAACAAAAUAAAGAAAUGGGACGAAGAUGAAACCCCCCCUGCCCGCCCCGCCUCCCCACCCCGUGAGCCACUGGAACAGGAGUCACUAAAAACCACAACCACAGGAAGCCUUAACAACGACUAACCCUUAAGAGCUGACCUUUGACCUCGAGUGGUCCAGCGGGGAGGACGCCACCUUUUCUGUCGCAUCUACCUCGGACAGGAGACUCCAGGACCCCCCCCCCACAAACAAACUAUCCAGAAGAAGAAGAAGAAGAAGCCGCUCACUGAGGAGGGGAUGGAACCCUGAGCCGAUAUUCCUGACUCCGGCAGCUACCCCCCCCCCGACCUCCACGCAGACCUGCAGUAGUUUGACGUUCAGACGUGGAGCCAUAGGACCCUUUUUGUUUGUUUUCACUUAUCUAGAUAAAAGUAAUAAUUUAAUUAAAAGGAAGCACACGAAAAUAAUGAGGUCGGUGACAUUUAACUAAGUUAGAGAAAUCUCACUUUUUUUUAUUUUAUUUUUUAAAUGUGGACUUCUUUUUUUCUGUUGGGUAAAACAGUGUGAUAGAUCUUGUAAUAUUUGUUUGUUUGCCCCCCCCCUCCCCCUCCCCCCCCCCUCGUUCUGACAUAUCCACAUGAAAUUUGCUUAGCUAUACCUUCGUAUUUUAAUACUUGCACAGAUAACCGAUAUAAGCAUAUGAAAUCCAUGUGUAGCUCCAGAUGUCGACCCUGCAUGUGACCCACGACGUAACAUUUGAACCGAGGGGGAAAACGUUAAAAGAACCAGACCUGCACUUGAUUAAAUGUUUGUGUUUUCAUUAUUUCUUUGUUUUUUUGUUUCCUUCCUCACCAUUUCUCCUCCUCCUCCUCGUCCCUCCUGGCUGUGUUGGCAGCCCCCCCCCCCCCCCCCCCCCCCCCUCUUAACCCCCACACCACCACCAACACCUCCUUUGCUUGAUUAUUUUACCGUUUUCCUUCCGGCGACCUGGCGAGUCUGUCUUCUGAUUGUACACGUUCCAAACAAUAGUAAAGCAAAAAUAAUUGAUGUUUGUUCCGCUUCAGUGGAGAAAUGCUUUUUUUUAAAUAAAUUAAUUUAAAGCCCC